AUGAAUCGACGAUCGGUCAUACAAAAAGGUCUCACCGAGCUGUUCUCGGUCAACAAUCUCCUCGUUCAAUUGGCCCUUCUCGGCAUCGGUUUUCUGAUCUCUCUCUACUCGUUUUUCUCUCUAAAAGUAUUCGUCGAUGUCUACAACAUCUCGACGAGCAGCCUUGCCAUCGUGCAACUGUUGUUUCUCGUUUGGAAUGCGGUCAACGAUCCGUUGAUGGGAUAUUUACAGGAUGUCGGUUGCGGGAUCUCGUGGAUAAUGGACAGACGCAAAGUCAUGAUGUACGCUGGGCCAUUUUGGGCCCUCGUCUCAUUGGUCUUUUGGUUUCCCGUGGCCACUUCAAAUCAGCUCCUCGUUGCCAUUCACUACUUGGUCGCGCUUUUCACGUACGACACAAUGAUGACCCUCGUCUGCUCAGCGUACUGCGGGAUUUGUGUUGAGGUUGGCGGCGAUCACAAAGGCCGCGUAAACAUUAUCGUUUUGGGCGAACUGUUCGCGAUUUUCGCUGGAUUCAUCAUUUUUCCGAUCGAUUACUUCUCGAAGAACUUGAUGGACUAUGGGAGAUUUCAGAUGUGUGCCGUAGUUGCUUGUAUUUGCGGUGGGGUGAUGAUGGCCGUGGCGGGGAAAUAUUUGGUGAUGCCCGAGAUGGGCACGAGAAAGGCUGAGGAGAAUGUUGAACUCAAUCAAGGAGAAGGAAAUCAUGAAAUAAAAAACACGUGGAUGAAAGCAAUGCAAAUCUCGUGGCAAAUCAUCAAACAACCACGCUUCUUGUGCUUGAUUGCAUCAAACUUUUUCAGAAGCUUACGAACAAUGGCAGCCGAUCAAUUUCUGUUGAUAUUCGUCGAGUCUUUGCUUUCCCGGAAUGGCUAUAUGCCGACUGGAUCCGUCGAGCUGUCGAUUUAUUAUAUUCUUGUGAGGACUGUGGGAAGGGUUCUGUUCCUCUUCCUCUUUUACCCAGUCCACCGACAUGGAGCUCAUCCAACGAUGCUCGGAUUGAAUGCGGUGGCGUUGAUUGCAGCCAUUGCAAUGCUUUUCACGGGUCGAACUUCCUAUGAAGCUCUUGCUUUUUAUAUUUUAGUCGAGAAUAGCUUGGGUCGCUGCGGAGCGCACGGUCUCUAUUUGAUAAUCACCGGCGAGGUGAUCGACACGGACAACGUUUUGUAUAAGAGAAGUUCUCCCCUCUCAACACUCAUCUUCACAAUCAAAGCUCUUUUCAAUAAACCCGCCGAGCAACUGGCUCCAAUUUUUAUGCUUUUCAUGCUCGAUGCUGGUGGUUACAGUCGCUUCAAGGCCGAGUGCGGGGCAGUCGCCUCCCAGCUUACCACUACACCCGCUUCUUUUAUCUCGUCGAGUGACCCCACUCAUUGUGUGGAUCUCUUCGAUUCGAUGUUUUUGGUGCUCCUUUGGUGGCCGUUAAUUUGUAUCAUCGGAGAGUCGAUAUUUCUUGCUUUGGAUAUGUAUUUCAAAUACCGUCUUUCAACGCUCGUUCCACGGGAGAAUCUCGAUUUCAUGACUCGUCGACUCUCAGCUUGCUCCAUGCUAUCGCUCACGAAGCCCGUC